AUGGCUGCCAAAAAGGGUCUUGAAAGAGCUUGCCUUGUGAGUGAGAGGGACACCAAGAAGUACUCCUUGGCCCUAGACAGGAUGAGCUGGCAUCAGAAGAAUUUAAAUGAAGAGAGGCAGCAGCAGGAAGCAGAAGUUACUGAAGCUAAUCCAGCAUGUCACUGUCAUGGCCACUCACAGGUCUAUGAGAACAGAAAAAGGGAGCAGCAUCAAGCCAGAAGGAAGCUCUGUGCAGCAUCAGUAAUCUGCAUCUUCUUCAUGAUUGCUGAGAUUACAGGGGAGUACAUUGCUGGGAGCCUGGCAGUAAUCACCGACGCAGCACACAUCCUGGUGGACCUCACAAGCUUCCUGAUCAGCCUCUUUUCGCUGUGGCUUGCCUCCAAACCUCCCACCAAGCAGUUCACUUUUGGGUGGCACCGUGCAGAAAUUCUAGGAGCUUUGAUGUCUAUGAUAAUAGUUUGGAUGGUGACUGGCCUGUUGACAUAUUUGGCUAGCAUGAGGCUGCUACACCCCAAUUACAAUAUUGAUGCUACAGUGAUGCUCAUUACCUCUGCUUGUGCUGUGCUCGCCAACAUCCUACUAAGCCUGAUUCUGCACCAGACUGGCCAUGGGCACAGCCAUGGGGCACAAGCCAGGGAACACGUCUCAGCCCCUCCAGAAAAGGCAGCUCUGAGCAAUGUCAGUCUCCGGGCAGCCUUUGUGCACACCAUCGGAGAUCUAUUCCAGAGUAUUAGUGUGCUAAUUAGUGCACUUAUCAUCUUCUUUAAGCCAGAAUACAAAAUAGCUGACCCAAUCUGCACGUUUGUGUUUUCCAUCUUUGUUCUGGCAACCACCAUCACCAUUUUAAGGGAUAUUUUGAUAGUGUUAAUGGAAGGAACAUCAAAGGAAUUUGCUUACGAUGCAGUGAAAGCAAGAAUUUUAGCAGUUGAGAAAGUGGCAUCUGUUCACAACCUUCAUCUCUGGUCUCUGACAACAAAUCAAACUAUUCUGUCUGCUCAUGUUGCCACAGCAGACACAGUGGACAGCCAGAAGAUUUUGAGAGAUAUUACCCAAGCCCUGUUUGAGCACUACAGCUUCCAUUCCAUCACUAUUCAGAUUGAAUCGGGAGAGGAUCAGAAACAAGACUGCUACUUCUGCCAAGAGCUCGGGGAUUAA